AUGCGGCCCAAGAAAGACAUGGAACCCACAACAACCCAGGAGAUACCCACCCGGAUGUCAAAGCUCACCACCGUCCAUACCGACGACGCUCCCGGAGCCCUUGGCCCGUACUCGCAGGCCAUCGUGUCCGACGGAUGGAUCUUCGCGUCGGGCCAGAUCGCCAUCGACCCCGCCACCGGAAGCCUGAUCGAGGGGGGCGUGGACAAGCAGGCCGACCGCGUGCUGCGCAAUCUGGCCGCGGUCCUCGCGGCCGCGGGCGGGAGCCUGCAGACGGUCGUAAAGACGACUGUCUUCCUCUCCGACAUGUCCCUCUUCGCCGACAUGAACCAAGUCUACGCCCGUCAUUUCGGCGAUCAUCGACCCGCUCGUGCGACGGUGGCCGCGGGUGGACUGCCCAAGGGCGUCGACGUGGAGAUCGAGGCGGUGGCGAGGGUGGCCUGA